AUGAUACCCAUCGGACUCUUAUCGAUGACCAAACACACGGUUCCGACGGAUAACAAUCGCAAAGUUGUCACCCAAUGGCAGAUCAUCGGCGCCUGGAAUCCCACGGAACCGUUGUUUGAAGUGUUAAACUCGGAAACACCGCGAGACACGCGGGUCUACUUCACGAUAGCCGUGGAUCUGGUCGUACAGGGUAUUCAGGAGCCGAUACGGUUCGUGUUCGAGGCUAAGGCCAAGAUCGUGACCACGUCGGCGGCCGACCGAUUCUGGAUCAAUAUCCCGACGCUAUCGAAGGGCAAACCAUUUCACGAACAGUUUCACGUGCAGCUCCGGGAACGGGUCAACUCCGAGCCCAACUCCCGCUUUGAUGUGGUGUCGUGUUUCUCGGCCACUCAGCUCUCGCAUCAGCGCCACAAACUGGCCCUAAGGCUCCGACACGACGGCAGCCAACAGCCAUCGCUGGGCGACCGCCGCGACUCUCACCGCAGUUCAGUCACGUCUCUGCCGACGCCGUCUAACGACGAGAGCGAAGACAACGACGAACCCCUUCCCAGCGGUACCGGAGUUGUCAGCAAAGAGUGUACCCAAACAGAACUCGACGGCUGGUCCGAGUUGUUGAUCAAAUGGCACCAAAAUCUGACACUUCGGCCAAAACAGGUGCAGACACUCGUCAAACGAGGCAUACCUGAGGCCCUGCGGGGAGAGGUGUGGCAACUGUUGGCCGGCUGUCAGGAUGAGGUGACUCUCAUGGAACAGUACAGAGCGCUCAUUAAUCGGGAGUCGCCGUACGAGAAGUACAUCGAAAGGGAUAUCAACCGUACGUUUCCCGCACACGAGUUCUUCAAAGAGAGCGGAUCUCUAGGUCAGGACUCGUUAUUCAAGUUAUGCAAAGCCUAUUCCAACUACGACACGGAGAUCGGCUACUGUCAGGGCCUGUCGUUUUUGAUCGCAUCGCUUCUCCUCCAUAUGCCCGAAGAGCAGGCGUUUUGUGUUUUGGUUAAGAUUAUGAAUGAAUACGGACUCAGGAAUCUGUUCCGCAAUGGUUUCGAAGAAUUGCAGCUUAAGUUCUAUCAGUUGGAGAGAGCGAUGGACAGUGUUUUACCCGAAUUGUAUUCACAUUUCGCCGAUUUA